CCGUCGGCGGCCGUUCUCCGUAAGAUGGCGGAUCGGCGGCGGCAGCGCGCUUCGCAGGACACGGAGGACGAAGAGUCUGGUGCUUCGGGCUCAGACAGCGGCGGCUCCCCGGCGCGGGGCGGCGGGAGCUGCAGCGGUAGCGCUGGAGGCGGUGGCAGUGGCUCUCUGCCUUCCCAGCGCGGAGGCCGAGCUGGGGCCCUUCAUCUGCGGCGGGUGGAGAGCGGGGGGGCUAAGAGCGCUGAGGAGUCGGAAUGUGAGAGUGAAGAUGGCAUCGAGGGCGAUGCUGUUCUGUCGGAUUAUGAAAGUGCAGAAGACUCUGAAGGUGAGGAAGGGGAAUACAGUGAAGAGGAAAACUCCAAAGUAGAGCUGAAAUCAGAAGCCAAUGAUGCUGCUAAUUCUUCAGCAAAAGAAGAGAAGGGAGAAGAAAAGCCUGACACCAAAGGCACUGUGACUGGAGAGAGGCAGAGUGGGGAUGGACAGGAGAGCACAGAACCUGUGGAGAACAAAGUGGGGAAAAAGGGCCCUAAGCAUUUGGAUGAUGAUGAAGAUCGGAAGAACCCAGCCUACAUACCCCGGAAAGGGCUCUUCUUUGAGCAUGAUCUUCGAGGGCAGACACAGGAGGAGGAAGUCAGACCCAAGGGGCGUCAGCGAAAGCUAUGGAAGGAUGAGGGUCGCUGGGAGCAUGACAAGUUCCGGGAAGAUGAACAAGCUCCAAAGUCCCGACAGGAGCUCAUUGCUCUUUAUGGCUAUGACAUCCGCUCAGCUCACAAUCCUGAUGACAUCAAACCCCGAAGAAUCCGGAAACCCAGGUUUGGGAGUCCUCCACAAAGAGAUCCAAACUGGAUUAUUGAGCGGCCAAACAAGUCCCAUCGCCACCAGGGUCCUGGGGGCACCCUACCACCAAGGACAUUUAUCAACAGGAAUGCUGCAGGGACUGGCCGAAUGUCUGCUCCCAGGAAUUACUCUCGAUCUGGGGGCUUCAAGGAAGGUCGUGCUGGUUUUAGGCCUGUGGAGGCUGGUGGGCAGCACGGUGGCCGUUGUGGUGAGACUGUUAAACAUGAAAGCAGUUACCGAUCACGGCGCCUAGAGCAGACUCCUGUGAGGGACCCAUCUCCAGAAGCUGAUGCUCAAGUGCUCGGCAGUCCCGAGAAGGAGGAGGUGGCCUCAGAGAUACCAGCUGCUGCUCCCGACACUGCACCACCGGCCCCUGACAGGCCUGUUGAGAAGAAAUCCUACUCCCGGGCAAGAAGAACCAGAAUCAAAGCUGGAGAUGCAGUCAAGGUUGCAGAGGAGGUGCCCCCUCCACCCGAAGGGCUGAACCCAGCACCUCAAGUCCCAGAAACGACCCCUCCUCCACCUGCUAAGACUGGAAACUGGGAGGCUCCAGUGGAUUCUACUACAAGUGGACUUGAGCAAGAUGUGGCACAACUAAAUAUAGCAGAACAGAAUUGGAGUCCAGGGCAGCCUUCGUUCCUGCAACCACGUGAGCUUCGGGGUAUGCCCAACCACAUGCACAUGGGAGCAGGACCUCCACCUCAGUUUAACCGGAUGGAAGAAAUGGGUGUCCAGGGUGGGCGAGCCAAACGCUAUUCAUCUCAGCGGCAAAGACCUGUGCCAGAGCCCCCUGCUCCUCCUGUGCACAUCAGUAUCAUGGAGGGACAUUACUAUGAUCCACUGCAGUUCCAGGGACCAAUCUAUACCCAUGGUGACAGCCCUGCCUCACUGCCUCCUCAGGGCAUGAUUGUGCAGCCAGAAAUGCACCUUCCCCACCCAGGUUUACAUCCCCACCAGACACCAGCACCUCUGCCCAAUCCGGGCCUCUAUCCCCCACCAGUGUCCAUGUCUCCAGGACAGCCACCACCUCAGCAGUUGCUUGCCCCUACUUACUUUUCUGCUCCAGGCGUCAUGAACUUUGGUAAUCCCAGUUACCCUUAUGCUCCAGGGGCACUGCCUCCCCCACCGCCGCCUCAUCUGUAUCCUAAUACGCAGGCCCCAUCACAGGUAUAUGGAGGAGUGACCUACUAUAACCCCGCCCAGCAGCAGGUGCAGCCAAAGCCCUCCCCACCCCGGAGGACUCCCCAGCCAGUCACCAUCAAGCCCCCACCACCUGAGGUUGUAAGCAGGGGUUCCAGUUAA